GUGAAAACAGUUCAGUCAAUACAGACACAAAUAUAAUAUUUUUUUAAGUUUUGAAAUAGUUUUACUCUCAUUUAAAUUUUAAAAUCAUCAUGAACUAUUUGAUUUUAUUAUGUCUAUGCGCAACCGUAUUCGCACAACGACCAUUAAGGCCUCAACAACCACAACAGCAACAACAACAACAACAAAACUAUGAUGAUAAUGAUAAUUAUCAGCCAUUAGCACAACCUAGUCAACAAAAAUCAGCUCAACAAAACUAUGUUGACACAAAAUACAGAGAAACAACUACCUACAUUCCAAUCAUUAGAUUUAACAAGGAGCAAGAAAAUGAUGGCAGUUAUAAAACUUCAUAUGAAACUGGAAACAACAUAAUUGCCGAAGAAACAGGUUUCUUGAAAGAAGUUCCAGCACGUGGUGAUGAGAAAGAACCUGGUCAUGCCCAAGUACAACAUGGUUCCUAUUCAUAUACAGCACCAAAUGGUGAAGAAAUUGUUGUUGAAUACACAGCCGAUGAAAAUGGUUUCCGACCAAUUGGACAACAUUUACCAACACCACCACCAGUCAGUCCUGAAGUACAAAAAGGUUUAGAUUUAAUUUAUGCUGGUAUUAAAGCACAACAAGAAGCUGCAGCCCGUAAUCCAGAAAAUGCAAAAGAUUUCUUAAACAAUCCAGGAUUUUAUCGUGGUGAAUAAAUUUAAUUAAUUUAAAUAAAAUAAAGGAUAUAUAAAAAAUUAAAUAAA